AUGGAGAUUAUAAACGUCACGGUGGAAGCCGAAUAUAUAGUCGGAGUUCCCGAGUUGAACGAGCUUCUUAGCGUAAGAACUUUCAUUGCCCUGGCUCUUCCGACUGAAGAAUUUAUCGAGUUAUUCAAAGUGGUUCUCGAAGGCAAAACCCUUUGGAACUCGUUUACCCUCGACCGGUUCAUAGAAGUCAACCGUAAUCUUAGAAUGAGUCCUCCUAGGCAACUUCAUCAUGUUCCGCCGCCUCCUCCCAUACCUCAAGGAACAUCAGCCCGGGCUAUUGCUUCCCGGUGCAAGACGCUAUCCAAACUGAUGGUCGAGGCUUGCGAGGCAAACAAAUCCUUCCUUAUGUCUACUAUUGACAAAAAGGAAUACAGCUGGACUCUUUUAGUUGAUAAUGGUAGUACCGAAGGGGCUAGGUUCACCGGCACUUUCAGAUUUACACCUCGUCGUGAGGGCCGUAGUGGUCGCUCUCCUCGAAGAGAUCGAUCUCCUUGCUGUGAUUCUCCUCGACCUUCUUCCCGAGAUGGGACAAAUCAAAGGCUCGAACUGAUCGCUCCCCUCGAUCGUCUCCUCCACCCUGAUCGAUGGGUCCUCCUCCUAUCGUCACAUCUCCUUCUUCUCGACCUAGUGGCAAUAAUACUAUUCAAAGUGCGACUCCCUGACAGGAAUAUGCUGAGUCUCGGGAUACUUCUCCAAGGACAUCGAUGCUUGGAAGGGAAAUUUUCUUCCCUCGAAGCCGACCUUCGCUCCCUCUCUGAUUCUAAGCAAAAGUUGGAAGACCGAGUUGACCAUCUCUCUUCCGAGCUCAUGAAAUCAAACGGCUCUAGCAAACCGGUUGAUUGCCGAAGCUCUUUCGGUCGUAAACUACGAGACAUCGUCCCAGAUGAUGAAAAUGAUGUUGGGCUUGAACCGAAAACCACUUCCGAGCAACCCCCUGCCGCUGAACCGAAUGAAACUGAGCCAGCUUUUGCUGAACCCGAGGCUGAUCAGGCCUUUCUCUUAGAAUGCUAG